CGCCCGCUGGCAGUUUAUUGUUGCUGCUGUUGUUGGUGACCCUCAACUCUCUUUUCCUCUGUCUCUCUCCACCUCACCCACCCACGUCUGGGGUCUCCUCAUUAAUCAUGUCCAUGUUUCCCUGGCAUGGUUCAACUGCCACUACCUCUUCCAACCAUCAUCGACAUCCUCAUCACCAUCAGCAACAGCAGCACCAGCACCAGCACCAGCACCAACACCACCCCCUUCACCCCCAUCACCCCCAUCACACCGCAAACGCCGCCACCGCUGCCGCCGCUGCGGCAUCAAAUUCGCGCAUCGACCCGGCUUCGACCACCACAACCGCCACCGCUGGUCCCACCAAUAUCUCUGCCUCCACCUUUCAGAUGCCUCAGAUGCGAUGGCUUCCUUCCAUGAUCUCCGCGCGAACGAACCCGCAGCACGCAGCGCUCCCCAACCUAUCGACGAAUUCCCGCCUCCAACAGCAGUCGCCGCCGCAGCCCACCGCGCAGAAUGCACAGCAGCACCAGCACCAUCAUGCGCGUCCUCACACACUCUCCCGACAUCCACAACAACAGUCGUCGGUUUCGAUGGUUAUUGACGCACGUCAACAGUCGCGACAGCAACCACAACAACAAGCCGUCUCAGUAUCAAGCGAAGAAAGUGAUCCCGAUAACUCUGACUCCGGCGCGCGGGAUGCUACCUCCGCGGACGCGUUGGGAGGCCAGGCCUACGUUUCUUCCGAUGCAAUGGGCGCGAACGCAAUUGCGCAUGCGCAUGCGCAUGCUCGCGCGCAGCAGCAGCAGCAACGUCGUCAUGGUCAUCGUCCGGAAGCCGAAGGUACCAAUGGAACCACCGCUGCCACUUCUAGUACCAUUAACAAUCGCAACGAACCCAUUCUCAACCGCACUGCGACACCAACCCGACCUGCGACUACCACUAUCCUCGUCGACGAUCGCGAUGACCUCGAUCUCGAUCCCACCGCUACGGGUAGCAGUGCCGACCAUCCCCUCAACCUCACCGGCGACCGUGACGGGCCGCGCAAACACGGAAAGCGCCUGACCACUCUCGAGGAAGUCUCCCUGUUUAACAUCUGCAACCGUCACGGGCACGAAUUCGGUCAGCGCAGUAACCUGUGCAAGUGGUGGAUGACGGUCACGGAGGAGUUCACGCGCGACCAGGGUCAUCCGUACUCAUGGCAUUCGGUCCGACGCAAGGUGGAACUGGUCACGAAGCAGCGCAUGAAGUUCCUGGAUGAGCAGCGCGAGAGAGGAGGUAGUGAGAGCGAUGAUCACUCCAAUCUCAGGUGGAGGGCUGCGGUGGAUGCGUGGAUCCCCACGUGGCAGCGGUGGGAGGAGGCCGAGGCCAAGCGGAUCGAGAAGAGGGACUCGAGGAAGCCAAGGAAGAGAAAGAACAGAGACUGGGAGGCCUGGGUCAACGGCGCCGACGCCGCUGGUACUGGCGUUGGGGCCUGGAGGACAACGGGAAAUCUGAGCGUCAGUGGCAGUCCGUUAGUGCCAGCAGCUGCGCAGCUCCCAGCCUCGUCGCAGCAACCAUUCCACACUCCGCGUGUUAUCACACCCCAGAACACCAAAGUCCGCCUCCCCCCAGGUUUCGACAAUAUGUUCGCCAGCCAGUCGCAGUCACUGCAUGGCACCCCGACUCCAGCCCCCGCUUUGCAACAGCCCAACGGCACGCCCGGAAAUACAGACUCAUCAAUGAUGAGCGCCGUCCUCGAGACACUGGGCAAAUUAAACCGGCAUCUCGACGCCGCCAACUCCACGCCCGCCUCCUUCAAAAUCACCCAACCCCCCGACAGCCGCUCACGCCCAACAGAAGAGCAACAACCACCCGAGUCACAAUCCGACUCCAGCCCAGACCCUGACCCCUCGCCCACCCAAUCCCCCGACGUAUCCCAAGUCUCCUCCCAACUUCAAAUCCCAAUCCACCUCAUCACCAAGCUCAAGGCCGAACUCCGCGAGGAGAUGCGCGAGGAAAUGCGGUCCGCGCUGGCCAAGGACCGCGGACGUCUGGAAGAGAAACUGGACUCUGUGCAACGGACGCAGGACAUGAUCUUGGAGAUGUUGAGACAGGAGCCGUCUUGAUUUGCUCUCUCCUUUUUACUUUCUUUUCUGUCCAUACCCCCUUUAUUUCUUCUUCUUAUAAUAAUGUUGAUUCACUUCAUGUAUUGCUUGCAGAUGAUACCCACUGGUCUAGAGCACAGUGUUGACUCUUUUGGUUUUGUUGCUAGGCCAGCCUCUUAUUUAUUCUCUUUCUUUCUCAUUAUGCUUUUCGUUUAUAUCCUGUGACCCAUGAGAAGGGCCUAACAAAUAUCUAAUUCGGUAAACACCUACAUAUGACUGCAGAUCUAAUCUU